CUUCUCUUCUUUUCUCCUGCGCGUAAGGAGUGCUGAAUCAUAGUUUUCAGGAGGCUCGCGUCGACGGCGCAGCUAGCGGUGUGAGACACUAGCAAACAGGUCGUCGAGACGACCCGCCCCACGGAGGCGCCUGUCGUCGCGCAAGACUCAGCGCGGCGUAUUUGUCGUUCACUUUUGAGCGCUGCGUGCUGCAAACCCGUCUUUUUGGUAUCGAUAACCGCCGCAAGAGGCAUUUUGCUGGGGGCCUCCAAAAGGCACAACUUGCUCUGCGUCGUACGCGCUGCUACCCGCGCAUCGCUACUUCGCGUCGCGCGUCAAAACAAGUCGGCGGAAAAUGCGGCUCCUCGUCUGGGCCGCGGCCGCCGUCUACGUGCGCGCGCUGCAAGUCGACGACGCGCCUCCCCGCCUGCACGAGUUGGAUUUUACUAAAGACGAUCCCCUCCCUCCGGCACAGCAGAAGUUCCUCGAUGAGGCCCGUACAAGCGCCAGGAGCCAGCUUGCUCGGGCGAUCAACUACAAGGACUUGGAAUUUCACAUCGAUCACCAGGGCUACCGACCGCUGCACCUGGCCGCGCAGCAAGGGGAAGCCGGCGCGGUCCGAGACCUUUUGCGACUGGGUGCGGACGCGAACGCCCGACUUUUACCCAGCGCGCCAACGGGCCCGGUGACGGUGCUACACGUCGCGGCGCAAUGGGGCCGCGUGGACAUUGUGCGGCAGUUGGUUCGCGACGGAGGGGCUAAGAUCGACCCAGUUGAAGGCCCUUCUUCGGACGAUGUGAAGACUCCGUUGGUGCUGGCUUUGCGUCAUGGCCACAGCAAUACCGCACGCGCCCUGAUUGACCUCGGUGCGGACCUGAGUAUCAUCAGCACCGGGGGUUGGACCCCACUCGCGACCGCUGCGAAUCAAGGUAACGUCGAAUUGGUAAAAAAGCUCAUAAAAGCAGGAGCGAAGCCGUCCAAGCCGUCUCAGCGGGUGGGCGGAGGAUUUACGGCGCUUCACUGUUUAACUGUUGGACUACCCGUCGCUGAAUGGUCAGCGGGCUGCCUUGUGGCUUUGUACCAAGGGGGAGCGGACCUCGACGCGCGAGACCACAACGGGCGGACCUUACUAUUUAUAGCUGCUUCACGCGGUAGUCACGCCUUCGUCGAGUUCCUGACUUGGCUGGGCGCCGACGCCACGAUCGGGAACAAGGACGGCGUCCUCCCCGCGGAAAUCGCAGAGGAGAACGGCCACGCUUUUACCGUAGGAGAGAUUGACUUUCGGCACGUGUAUUCAAGAUUAAUAGAGGAAGGGCAUGACGGCUUAACCGCGCUUACUCUCGCCGAUUCGUUCCUCGACCGAGGCGCCAACAUUGACGAGCCUACCGGCGAAGACGCAAUGACCUCCCUUGCGUUCGCAUGCGCCGAGGAUAGAAGGGACCUCAUCGGCCUGUUCGUGAGUCACGGCGCCGACAAAAGACUCGCGAAAGGCUGCGAGCCGUACCUCGACUUCAUCGGCCGCCUCGAGAAAGUCGUCGCGGAGGGCCGCUUUUCCCGCGAGCGCCUCGACGCAGCUCUUGAGACAUUGCGCCUGCACCCAUUUCCCCUCCACUAUAUCGGCGAACUCGGCGACGAGGCCGGAGUGGUCGAGCCUUUGGUGGCGCUGGGCUACGACGUCAACGCCUUGUCCGAUGGUGGGACGCAUCCGCUGCACAUCCCUGCGCUUUACGGCCGGACGGAACUCGUUCGCGCGCUCAUCCGCGCCGGCGCGGACCCGGACGGCGGGUCGAGUGAGACAAAAACCGCGCUCUACUACGCCGCCGGUGAAGGACACGAGGACAUUGUUCGACUCCUUAUCGACGCCGGCGCCGACGUCAGAGCCCCCCUCAACGGAGGCGGGUCCAUUUUUGACCUCGCCAAGAUGAAAGGGCAUACUAGAGUGGCGGAGCUCCUCGCCCGCCACGAUCGGAUUAAGAAGGGCCGGACCAUGUUACUGGUCACCUUCGGCGUCGUGCUCUUGGGCGUGCUCUCCGUCGCUUAUCUGUUCGUCAGCAAACCGGCCGCCGAGCGUGCCGCCAGAGAACUCGAGCGCGAGCUGGAGUUGGAGGCCGAACGCGAAGCGGCGGCCCGCGCGCGGGCGUCGAAGCGCGACGAACGCUCGGGAGUCCGCCGGCGAGCCCAUCGCGGCCGGCGACGCGACGCGACGCGCGCACGCGACGUGCAGGAGCCGGCGCUGGAAUCAACGGCGCCGGAGCCCGAGGCCGCGGUGCGCGAGCAAGUGAGGCUGGAUCGCAAGGCCGCUGCGGAAGCCGCGGAAGCCGCGCGGAGUCGCGAGGCGGCCGCCGCACGCGCGCGCGAAGACGAAAAGCGGGAGCGCGAGGCCGCGGCGGCGCGCGAGCAGGAAGUGCGGGACCGUGAGGCCGCGGCGGAAGCGGCGCGAGCGGCGCUCGAUCGCGAAGCGGCGGCGGCGCGCGAGCGGGAAGCGCGCGAGCGGGAAUCGUGGGAGCGCGAGAACCUGGAUUCCCUACAAGCAAUGGCGGCCUGGGCAGCGGCGUCCGAGGAAAAAACGGAGGAGCCCGUGGGCCGCGAGGAGUCGAAGGAGGAGCCGCCCGCCGCGCCCGAGGGCUUCGAGAUCGUCGCGCGCGUCCUCGAGCACCUCGGCGAGCCUCAUCUCUUACCAAUCUUCGAAGCGGAGGAGAUCAACGAUGAGUAUCUCCCCGACCUCGACCCUGCGGACCUCAUUGGCUUAGGCGUCUCGCAAAUGACGUGCCUGACCAUACUGGGAGCGGCGCACUCCGCGGCGAAGACGAAGAAGCUCGAGGCCGAAGAAGUUUUGGAUAACGUCGCGAAGCACCAGUCCGUUCUAGAGGAAGAGUUGCGGGAACACCGGGCUGAGAUAUCCCGUUUGCGAAUUAGGGAGCUGCCGGAAGAUCUCUGCUGCAGCAUCACUUGCGAAAUAAUGAAGGAUCCGGUUAUGUGCGUCGGCGACGGCCAUACCUACGAGCGCGUGGCGAUCGAACAGUGGCUCGCGACGGGCCGAGGGACCUCGCCCGCGACGAACGAGCCGCUCGAGACCACGCAACUCGUGCCAAACCACAUGGCGAAGAAGCUGAUCGCGGCGCUGCUCGAGGAGCACCGCGGGCGCGCCGCGGACUGA